GGAAUGCUCUUGCUGUCAAUAACGUGCAUGAGGAACCACCUCGAAAUUGACUGUGACGUAUUAAUCAUAAUCGCUGCUUAUUGACCAGGUUGUUCGGAGUAUCUUACACAGGUUUCAUUCAAGUCAGGUUUUGUGGUAACCAUGUCAGGACCAGGGGUGAUAUCGGAGCAAGAGCAACUGUGCUUGAGGGGGUUCUGGAUUUUAAACAGCGUCGUGGCUGAUGAACUACGUCAGCUGUUUAGAAAAUUGUGGGACGAGAAGCAUCCACUUGAAACAUGGCAGAAUAACCAAGCCUCAGGGGAAGCGUUUUUUAAAAAUCACAAACCCAGUCAAAUAUUUGGACAAUAUGAUAAUAAAAUUAAAACUGGUAACUUAGAGGCGUGGGACAUGACAGUCUUGUGCAGAGCGUUUAUUUCCUACACCCCUAUGAACAGCGAUGACAGUAAGUAUAGAGACAAUGUCACCAUCUUGAGGGACUUGCGGAACACAUAUGCUCACAUACUAGGAGCAUCCAGGCAACGAGUAGACUACACGACUGAUAUAGAUCAAAUUAGGAGGGUUUUCACGGACCUGGAUCUGAACGAAGACGAAUUGACGAAAGCCGAGAACAUCAAACUGAGCCAGUCUGAAAUUGAGACUGUCCUAAAGGAGAGGAUGGAUUAUCUCAAACAGGAGCUGAAGGAGGACCAGCUGACGAAUGCUGAGUUUAGGGAGUACGUCCAGAGGCAGGAGAGUUUUCAGGCGAAAGUCUUGGGAAGACUUCCUGUACCUGGUCAAGGUGGUUUUACACAAGGUGCGACUGAUCAAGGCGGUUUUACACAAGGUGGGACUGAUCUGGAAGCAACUGAAGGUGGAGGCCAGGCAGAUCAGCAGGAUGAUUUACUUCCUGAAUGGUUCCGGCCAAUGCCUCGUGACCAACAAGGACAAGUCGUAACUGACAAGCUCAUCGGGAGUAUUGCAAAACAUAUCGGGGCAGAGUGGGAACUGAUAGCACCAGAAAUAAACAUCUCCGUGCCCACGCGAGAAGCUAUUGUAGCCAAACACCCAAGAUCCAUCCAGCUACAAGUUGUUGAAGCAUUCACCACAUGGAAACAGAUAAACUCACGUCAAGCUACAAUUGCAUCAUUGAUUCAAAUCUUGUGGCAGUGCAAUGAGCGGUGCACCAUCGACUGGGAAGGUGUCGAAAAGGUGGUGAUGGGGGAUUGGUGACUGUCUCUGUGACUAUGAAGACUGUGAGGACAUAACACAUUUUAUGGAUAACAAGUUCUUUCUAAUGAUACCACAGGGCUACUUCUUAUCCCUUUACAUUCAACCGAUGAAGGUGCAAAAUAUAGUCGUUAUAAAGAAGUUGUCAUAAAAGUGUUUUCUUACUUUUUCUUGUAACCAAAAAAAAUACUAUGAAGCCGAUGUUAUAAUAAUUUGUGCAAUUGUGUGCACAAUGUAUGCAAUUAAUCUGUGUAUAACGAGUAUAUAUAUAUCGACCUAUCCGUUGUGGGGGUAUGAAUGGUACCUUCAUAUUAAACAAUUUUAUAUCUGUG